AUAAGUCUGGAACAUUGCGCAUCUUCGCCAUACUGCCUCCUGCCUUUUAGGAAGAUGCAAAUUGAAUCGUGCACAAAUUAAAUGAGAUCAAAGGUCUCCCUCAUUAGCGGACGGGGGGAGAUUUACAUAGUGUCCCGCCUACAGGGCGGGGAACUGUAUCCCCUUUGCAAAAGUAUCUUAUGAGAGAGAGAGAGGGGGAGAGAGAGAGAGACCCCGAGCAUCACCAGCGGCUCAGUCCCUCCGCGAGUAACGCCGAGCAUCGAGGUUCACGCCGCCGCCUCGCAGAGGAGCCACGGACGGGAGACAGACAUCACCAUGACCGCAAUGGAGGAGCAGGCAGAGACCGGCCGGACCACUGAAUAACAGCGGCCGCCUUUAGAGGAAAACCCCCCCGGCGCCGACUGUGGGGUCGCGGGGAAGGUGACUCUGGUUUAUACAGCAGAGCUGUGAGAGUGACGUAGCCCCUCAAUUCCCCCUCCAUCAGGGUGCUGUGAUAAGACAGCCAUGCCGCCCCCGGCCGACAUCGUGAAAGUUGCUAUAGAAUGGCCUGGUGCUAAUGCUCAGCUUAUAGAGAUGGACCAGAAAAGACCUUUAUCCUCAAUAAUACGGGAAGUAUGUGAUGGCUGGUCUCUAUCGGGCUCCGAGCAGUUUGCUCUGCGUUAUGCUGAUGGCCCUCAGCUCUACAUCACUGAGCAGAGCCGUGGUGAAAUCAAGAACGGGACCAUCCUCCGAUUGGCCAUUUCACCCGCUCGCGCUGCUCGUCAGCUCCUGGAGAGGAUCCAAUCCCACGGGAUCGACGCCCGGCUGGAGGCUCUGAAAGAGCUCGCCAAGCUGUCCGCAGACCCGACCUUUGCCGCUGAGUUCAUAAAUAUGGAAGGCAUUGGGACACUUGCACGUCUUGUCGAGAGUGGCACCCACUUUGGUGAAAUGCUGGCCUUCACUCUCACUGCCUUCCUGGAGCUGAUGGAUCAUGGCAUUGUGUCCUGGGACCUUAUCUCCCUCUCCUUUAUCAAACAGAUUGCAGGCUACGUGAACCAGCCGAUGGUGGACGUGUCCAUUCUGCAGCGCUCUCUGGCCAUCCUCGAGAGCAUGGUGCUCAACAGCCACAGCCUCUACCAUCGAGUGGCACAAGAGAUCACCGUUGGACAGCUCAUCGGGCACUUGCAAGUGUCAAACCAAGAGAUCCAAACGUAUGCCAUCGCCCUCAUCAAUGCUCUGUUCCUGAAGGCACCAGAGGACAGACGGCAGGAGGAAUACACUAACCCGCUGGAGCAGCACCUCACUGAAAUGGCGAGCACUUUGGCACAGAAACACCUGCGAUCCAUCAUCCUCAAUCAUGUUAUCAGAGGAAAUCGACCAAUCAAAGCCGAAAUGGCACAUCAGCUGUAUGUGCUCCAGGUUUUGACCUUCAACCUUUUGGAAGAGCGAAUGAUGACCAAAAUGGAUCCCAAUGACCAGGCUCAGAGAGACAUCAUAUUUGAGCUGCGAAGGAUUGCUUUCGAUGGAGAAAAUGACCCCACUGGUACAGAAAAGAGAAAGGCCAUGUACACCAAGGACUAUAAGAUGCUGGGGUUCACUAACCAUGUGAAUCCGGCCAUGGACUUUACCCAGACUCCCCCGGGAAUGCUGGCUUUGGACAACAUGCUGUACCUCGCCAAGGUUCACCAGGACACGUACAUCAGGAUUGUGUUGGAGAACAGCAGCCGCGAGGACAAGCACGAAUGUCCCUUCGGCCGGUGUGCCAUCGAACUCACUCGAAUGUUGUGCGAGAUUCUCCAGGUCGGAGAAUUGCCUAAUGAGGGCUGCAACGACUACCACCCCAUGUUCUUCACUCACGACCGGGCUUGGGAGGAGUUCUUCUGUGUCUGUAUCCAGCUUCUUAAUAAAACCUGGAAGGAGAUGAGGGCCACAGCUGAGGACUUCAAUAAGGUGAUGCAGGUGGUCCGUGAGCAGAUCACCAGGGCUCUGGCAAUGAAGCCGUCAUCUUUGGACCAGCUGAAGAAUAAACUGCGAGGCCUCAACUAUUCAGAGAUUCUGCGUCUGCGGCAGUCUGAGCGAAUGAGCCAGGACGACUUCCAGUCCCCCCCGAUCAUUGAGCUGCGGGAGAGGAUUCAGCCGGAGAUCUUGGAGCUUAUCAAGCAGCAGCGACUCAACCGGCUGUGUGAGGGGAGCUGUUUCCGGAAGCUGGGGAACCGCCGAAGGCAAGAGAAGUUUUGGUUCUGCAGACUCUCGCUGAAUCACAAAGUGUUGCACUACGGAGACCUUGACGAGUCACCUCAGGGGGAAGUGCCUUUUGAGCAACUAAGUGACAAGAUUCCCGUCUCUGACAUCAAGUCUGUGGUGACCGGCAAGGACUGCCCUCAUAUGAAAGAGAAAAGUGCACUGAAACAAAACAAGGAGGUGUUGGAGUUGGCUUUCUCCGUCCUCUAUGAUCCCGAUGAGACUCUCAAUUUUGUGGCACCAACCAAGUAUGAGUACUGCAUCUGGACUGAUGGGCUGUGUGCGCUCCUGGGCAGAGAGAUGGGCAGCGACCUGACACGCAGUGAUCUAGACACUCUCAUCAGCAUGGAGAUGAAGCUACGCCUCCUCGACCUUGAGAACAUCACAAUCCCGGAAGCCCCGCCCCCUGUGCCAAAAGAGCCAAGCUCUUACAACUUUACCUACAACUACAGCUGAGAUGUGUGUGUGUGUGUGUGUGUGUGCGCGCGUGUGCAUAUGUGUGUUUGUCAAGGACGGUUAUCUUCUGAUGAAUUAAGCUGCAGAUGGUAAAAUUACUUUGAAUAUAUAAUUAUUUUUUACAUUUCAGAACCCUGGAGACUUUUCUCAAUACUCAUUUGAGAUGCUGUAUGGUUAUCUAAUGUGUUGAUAGCUUCACGGGAAUGUCUGAGGUCAGGCUCCACUACAGAGCAGUUCCUCCUGUGAGUGCAGUCUCUAGGAUAAGCCUCCUCAUUCUUCGCUGUUGAAAGGUAUGAAGCUACCUUAAGGGUGAGCCUCACGGGGAAUAAAGAUCUGUACUUUUUUUUUUUUUAGUCAUAUUGCGGCCUAACUGGUAAAUGAAAUGGUCUCCAUGACGACAGAAGAUAUAGUGACCGUUUUAAUAAUACCUUUUUGAUUUGGUCCAUCCCUCCAUAAGAAGGAUGCUUUUAAUUUAAGGAGGACACUGAGAAGGCCGAAGGUUUACAAACUCCUGAAAGGACAUUCAGCCCGUGUGUCGCCAAAAUCCACUUUAGAGGAAGGCAAAGUUAAUGUCAGGAGAUAUUGGACGUGUCGUUUCUGCUCAAAGGAUGGUUUCUCUAAUCAAAAAGCCACCCAUAUACCAGUGUGAAGGCAUUUGCCAAGCAGCUUAGUAUGGAAAAGAAAACGUGCCAACAUUCAGUUCUAAAGAGAGCCAGAGGCACCGUUUAAAAAUCAACGAGGAUAAUAUUUGAUUGUUACUUUAAUCAUGUUUUUUAUACCUGGACUAAAAACUACAAUUAGGUUAUGCAUUGAUCAUUUGACAUAUUAAAUAAACUAGUAAUCACAAUUCCCUGGAAAUGAAUUUUUCAAGUUAACAUAAGUCUUUGUUCCAAAACCCCCAACAAAAUGAGUUUUCUAUAGUGGAAGACAGAAACUACAAAGAAACUAUAUCAGAGAAGGUGGAUCUAGUUCAUUUUUUUUUAAAUAUUUAAAACAAGUGUUUGUUAAUAUUUUUGCAGAUGAAUUGCUUGCUCAUCAACUAAUCAAUUAAUGCGCAAUACUUCUCAGUUGCACACAAUUGGUUCUGACAGCUUAUGUAUUUGUUACAGCUUCUGUUUCCUUAACAUUCAUGCUGCUUCAGAUCUUUUGACGCACUUCUCUCUCUGACAUAUUUCAUAGCUGGUUAAAAAGUGUGGUAUAAAUAUAUGUAUCUCGUUGAAUUGAUACUGUUCAAGCAUGUUGUGUGGACACACUGUUGACAACUCAAUGUGUCUGAGUGUGUAUUGGUGUCUGCAGAUUUGGGGUCUUGUGUAUACUGUUUAUUUUGGGAGAUGGAAGAAAUAUUCUCAAUAUUUCAUAUGAAUCAAGCCCUAAGCUCUGAAAUCCAAUGCGAAUUACCCUUCUUUUUUUAGUUUUAGUCACUGCAUUGCCUUAUCAGUCAAAGUUUGGGGUAAAAUUAGUAUUUAUAAGCAGUACAUUAAUGGUUUAUAACAUAUUAAAUAAUUGUUUAUCUUCAAGAGUGUUUGUAAAUCAUUAACUGUUAAAAUGAGACUAUAGAUGUACAGCUGGAUUAAAACCAUUUGAAGGUGUGUUUUAAAGUAAAUGUGUGUACAUUAUGUAAUACUGUUAUUUGAAACGAUGAUUAACUGCUAAUCAAGCAGUUAUAGUUGCUUCAAAGCAAGAUUAACACUUUUGAACUGUUUUAAACCACUUCUAUAUACUGCUUAUAAACGCUAAAUUGGGUUUGUUUUACCAUAACAGGUAAUAUUAGAGUGACAAGUUGGUGUUUCUUUCCAGUCAAACUUGACAUACCAAGAAUGUGUUUGAAUAAAUCAGCAGUUUUGAAGCUUGAUUUCAGACCUUUUUGGAGCACUGCCCAGGCGAACGGGAGCAGCUCUGUUGGCCAGUUUUAUAAAACGAGAACAUCUAGUGCUGCUCGUGUAUCGUGUGAGCAGAAAGUAUUCUGUGCUUUGUACGCAGUGAUAGUUUAUAGUACUACUGCUUGAUGUUUUCUUCUUUCCAGAGUGUCAUUGAUUUGUGUAUUCUAUUCACUUUAGCCACCUAAUGGCCUGUUUAAACCAGUACUAAUCACUACUGUCACUUGUUAAUGCAGAAUAGAAUUAUAUUUUUGUAAAUGAUUGUACAAUCUUAUCAGCUGUGAAGAGAAUGGGUAUCGAACCAACAGUAUCGCUCUGUACAACACAAUCAAACGCCCAUCAUUUUGGAAGGACUUUCACACACACGAAGAAAGGUAAAUUUCAGUCUUCACGUUUUUCUUUUCACAUUUUUGGUUUUCAAACUACAACCACCUCAUACUGUUUAGGAACGAGACCCACCCCAGCACCCAAUGAUGAUGUCAGUGUUCAUGUAUCUUAUAAUUGUAAUGGAAAAUGCUGUUGAUGAUGUUUGUGAAAAGGAAUAUAUUUGAAGUUAGUUGUUUUUCAAAUAAUGUUUCCGUUUUGUUUUAUAACCACUUAUGUCGGAGGUGGUUAAGGUUCCCUGUGGAGUUUUAGACCUUCCCGUGCUGUGGAGCUGUCCUUCUUGGACUGGGUCCAUGUCCCGUGAGUCUGAUGCACAGAAACAAGGACGCUGGUGUGGUACUAAUGACCUCCAACGCUUCCCUCUUCUACCACCAUCAACAGGUGGCAGUCAUCCACCAAUAAAUGCCGCAUCGCUGUGUAGAUAAAUUCUGUAACCUAUUAAAGAUAGUAGAAAAUACUUCCAUCAAAAUGACACAUUUGUUUGACCUAAAGCAUACACACCAGUUUCAAUGAGCAACAGAGACUGCAAACAGGUUAAACAAGUAAACUCCACAGGGCUCCUUUACUGCUCACAAAAGGUUGUUUUAUAUUCUAGUAGGUUGUCAAAUUGCAGCUCAAAUAUAUCAAUGACAAAAUACCGCAGUGAGUAUAGGAUUGUUGCAUUGGAUGUACUAACAGUAUGACUUGGUACAUGAAUCGCUAAAAUAUUUAUUUAAAUUUGCUAGUGAUCGUAAAAGAAUGACAUGUUUAAGAAAUAACGACAAGUCAAAUUAUGGUUUACAUAUAGAUCGUAGUAUGUAUAUACAGUAUUGUGUUGCCUUAUUGAAGAAAAUGUAUGAUGUUUUGUGUGAAUAAAUACAGAGUCUAACUAGAUUAGACAUCUUAAUUGUUUA